GGAGCGCGCCGAGCCGGGGCCGGGCGGUGGCGAGGGCUCCGCGAUGCCGCUGCUGUUCCUGGAGCGCUUCCCCUGGCCCAGCCUCCGCACCUACACGGCGCUCAGCGCCCUGGCGCUGCUGGGCGCCGGCCUCAGCGCCUACCGCGCGCUGAGCCAGGCGCCCUGCGGGGCGGCGGGCACCGAGCCGGCCGAGCCUCAGCGCUGCGCCGGCCCGCGGGCCCUGGACGUCGCCUACUACCUGCUCUCGGACAGCCUCUGCGUCUGGGUACUAGUGAACACUGCCUGCUGUUUUCUGAUGCUGGUUGCUAAGCUAAUCCAGUAUAUGGUGUUUGGUCCUCUUCGUGUCAGUGAGAGGCAGCAUCUCAAGGAUAAAUUCUGGAAUUUCAUUUUCUACAAAUUUAUCUUCAUUUUUGGUGUGCUGAAUGUUCAGACGGUGGAAGAAGUUGUGAUGUGGUGCCUCUGGUUCUCUGGACUUGUGUUUCUCCAUCUGAUGGUUCAGCUCUGCAAGGAUCGCUUUGAAUAUCUUUCCUUUUCUCCUACCACACCCAUGAGCAGCCACGUCAGAGUGCUGGCCCUGCUCAUAGCCAUGCUCCUGUCCUGCUGUGGAUUAGCAGUUGUCUGUGGAGUUGUUGGCUACACCCAUGGCAUGCACACCUUGGCUUUCAUGGCAGCAGAGUCUCUGCUGGUGACAGUCAGAACUGCUCAUGUGAUUUUAAGAUAUGUAGUUCAUCUCUGGGAUCUCAACCAUGAAGGAACUUGGGAGGGCAAGGGCACUUAUGUCUACUACACAGAUUUUGUCAUGGAGCUAACCCUGCUUUCCCUGGACUUGAUGCAUCAUAUUCAUAUGCUGCUGUUUGGCAAUAUCUGGCUGUCCAUGGCGAGCCUGGUGAUUUUCAUGCAGCUGCGUUACCUGUUCCACGAGGUGCAGCGGCGAAUUCGGCGGCACAAGAACUACCUGCGUGUGGUUGGAAACAUGGAGGCCAGGUUUGCAGUUGCAACACCGGAGGAGCUGGCAGUGAACAACGAUGACUGUGCCAUUUGCUGGGACUCCAUGCAAUCCGCACGGAAACUCCCCUGUGGCCACCUCUUCCACAACUCGUGCCUGAGGUCCUGGCUGGAACAAGACACAUCCUGCCCCACCUGCAGGAUGUCUCUGAAUAUCACUGACAGCCACCACGUGAGGGAGGAUCACCAGAGGGAGAACCUGGAUGAGAACCUGGUGCCGGUGGCAGCAGCAGAAGGCAGACCCCGCCUGAACCAGCAUAAUCACUUCUUCCACUUUGAUGGCUCUCGAAUUGCCAGCUGGCUGCCCAGUUUCUCUGUGGAAGUGAUGCACACAACCAACAUCCUUGGAAUUGCACAAGCCAGCAACUCCCAGCUCAAUGUUAUGGCCCAUCAGAUUCAGGAGAUGUUCCCUCAGGUCCCUUAUCAUUUAGUCCUGCAGGAUCUGCAGCUAACUCGUUCUGUGGAGAUCACCACUGACAACAUCCUGGAAGGGCGCAUCCAGGUGCCGUUCCCCACACAGCGUGCAGACAGCAUUAGACCUGCAUUGAACAACCCUGUGGAAAGGCACAGUACUGAUCAGGAGGAUACUGGAACUGUCACACAGACUGAGAGAGUGCCUCUUGAACUGAACUCUAGACUGGAAGAAAUGGUGGAAUUCAACGAGAUGGAAGCAGAACCUAAUGAAGCAGAAGAUUUUGAGGCCAGGGGAAGUCGCUUUUCCAAGUCAGCCGAUGAGAGGCAGCGAAUGCUGGUUCAGCGGAAGGAGGACUUGUUGCAACAAGCUCGAAAGCGUUACUUGAACAAAACCUCCGAUGAGGAGCUGAGCACAGAGAAGCCUUUGCCCGAGGGAGCGGCGGCCGACGCCGCCACCCUGCGCCGCAGGACCCUGGCUGCCGCCGCAGAACGGAGACUUCAGAUGCAGCAAAACUCUUAGCGCUCGCUGCCCCUCCUCCUCCUCCUCGUGAGCAACGUUGAAUAAAUAAAUUACAUACAAAAAACCCUGCGCUUUCUAUACCAGCAAGAAAGUGUCUCUUCAGAGUUCAGCUGGCUGUGCUGCCGAGUGAGCUGGCUGCCUCUCUGCUGUAUAAAGCAUGUGGUCUAAUAAUGUUUGGACAGCUGACAAAUUAACCUUUUUUGUAAUAUUUUCUAUGUGACGUUGAUCCUCUACACAACAAAAGGCAAUUUCUAAACCACGGGCAUGACUUCUGCAGCUGGCAUGUGCUAUGGGGCUGGAUGGCACAGCAGAGGCUGGGGAAGUGUGUUCUGAGGUAGCUGUGGGUGCAGGUCACGAAGUGCAUGGGCACAUUCUGCUCCAGAUCAGGGCCAGUUACUCCGAGGAAGG